CAGGACCUGUGGGUGCUGCACCACUUCGGCGGCAUGCCGCGGCCCGGCUUCUUCCUGGAGGUCGGGGCUAACCACUCGGAGGAGCUGUCCAACACCCUCCUGCUGGAGAGGGCCGCCGGCUGGAGCGGGGUCUGCGUGGAGCCGUUCCCGAGGGGCGACUGGUCCACGCGGCAGGGCUCGGAGCUCGUGAGGUGUGCCGUGGGCCCGGACGGCAAGCGCCUGAGGUUCAUCGCUCCAGGCCACGUGCUCGGGGGGCUCCUCGAGCAGGUCGACCUGCCGCGCGUCCGGCGGGACGUGCCGCAGGACCAGCAGGCGAUCGUGGAGG